AUGGCUCAGCUCGAUGUCAUCCUUCAGCACCAGCUUUCGACGGAUGAGAGGGCGGUCGCUAACGUUCUCAUCGUUGUUUCGCAAUUGACGCCGUCUCAUCUGAGCUCGCCUCGACUUCUAGUUGCACGUAUUCAUUCACUUCUCCAAAAGCCAGUUUAUCCUGGCGCAAGAUGGGCAGGCUUCUGCCUUGCGUAUAGAGUCGCGUCUUUAAGCUCCGAGGUACUCACAGAAAAUGCCAAAUCAUGGAUUUCAUCUGCAUUGCCUGCGUUGUCGAGAGAUGAACCACCGCCAGUGCACAUCGAGGCGAUGCGGCUACUGCACCUGAUUUUUACGUCGGCCCUCGACAUGCCCGAGUUUCACCGUCAGGUGGUCACCCCCAACCUCCAGAAAUUCAGCAUCGCAUUGUUACAACUUGCAGAGAACUUGAACACACCUAAUAGAGUUAUGGUCUUCGCGUUCCGAAUUUUGACGCAUAUGGUCUCAUCGUUCCCCGCGGCGCAUGUGUCACUGACCCCUCGACUUACUAAACUUGCCCUGUUUCGGCUAAGUCGGAUUGACGGUCAGCUGCACAACAGCGAAUCGCUGUUGGCUUCUUCGUCCGCCAUCCUUCUUUCCGCACUGCAUAUCCCUGGUGGCAAAGCUCGUUCCGUCCUGUUGUGGCGAAAAACUCUUGAGGAUACAUUAAAUAGUAUCAUUGUGUGCGUCGAAACAUUGAGGACAGCUUUCAAAGUUGAGGCAAAAAUAGAAGCAACGUUACCUUCAUCCCCAGGACUCGAGCUCCCUACUAUCCCGGAAGAUGCGUCCCCAGCCCUGGUGAUCCCUCUGGUCAUUGAUAGACUUCGUUCCCUUGUUUCAUUGUUGGUCAAACUUCUAAGUGCAACAUCGUCUCGCCCAUUAGUUUUACCCCUUGGCCCGAUUGCUUCGGUAGUGGACAGGUUGUUAAGUGUUACCACUAUGGACCCUCAUUCAGAUCCACAUGUUUUUGUUGACCCGUUACGCCGCUCGAUGGAGGUGUCUGCUAUUCCUUCGCUCCUGGAAAUUGGCUGUGAUCUAUAUAUUGCUCUAAUCAACAGCACCUCACAUCAUGUAACCCCGUACAUCCCAAAAAUUUCCUCCCUGAUAGCCUGGCAUCUUGAGCAGGAUUAUCCACCGACCACCCGGCUUGCACUUCUUCGAGCGGUUUCCAUCUCUCUAUCUGUUCCGUCCCACAUGCACCCGAUAGCACACACUCCGUAUCUGCCUGGUCGCUUCAUCCGCGCUUUACUCGUCCCUAUGCUGAAGAUCCUUCCCAGUCGCUCAGGGGCUGAUGUCUCCCCGCCAAAACCGACUGAUGACUAUAUUCAAGCUAAUGGUUCUAAAGGAAACAAGAAAGAUAAAGGCGGAACGUUCGAAGGUGAUGAACUUCUGAGACCAGGGGCUGUGGGCUCCAAGUGCCUGAAUCCUGAUGUUCAGGUGUGGCAGGAAGUCCUAGUGUCCCUCGAUGCGCUCAAACCCCUUCUUCUGAUCCCAUCUUCAACGUCCUCAGCCAUUAAAACUACUUCUGGCCAAUCCCCGCCCUCAUUCGCACCCCUCCAGUCCAUUACACUUCGAAUAUUAACCUCCCUUCUAUUAAGUUUGCCCCACGACUCGCAUGCCCUCCCCCACCGCCAACAGCUCCAUACUAUUCUCGAUAAGAUAACACAGACUUGCGAGGACGUCAUUCUUCGAGAUGGGGGUACUGGAGGGGACGAAUGGCUGAGGAAGAACCUCAGCAUCUUGAUCAGGUCUGCUGCUAACGCCGCUGCUCACGACCAUCGGCAGUCUUCUCUUGUGUCACUAAAUCUCCUUCUACACCCUCGUGUCCCCCCUCACUUGGGCCUUCCACCUACGUGGUCUUCCUCCUUAUCUUCCGCGAGGACUAUUAAGGACAUUUUGCUCUUCAGAGAAAGCAAGGAAGAACGGGAAGUGAGAUUAGGUUUGGGCAUAUCCUUGGCUGCCGAUGAGAAGAUGGAAGACACAAUGGAAGGGGCCGCUACCACCGACCAAAUUAUUCCUGUUUCCCUCGUUCCAAAACCUCUGUGGCAUUCGUUUGAGGAUACUACGUAUAACGUAUUGCACCGAUCGAUCAUUUCGCCCACAAUUGAGGAAGAUUCCGUACUGAAUGCCCCAAACAUUCCUCGCCCUUGGUCCCCUUCAGUGCCUCAGCCGUUGGUCACUACUGCGGCUCCCGUCUCCAUAACGGCACCCACAACCUCCAACCACAAUGGCCAAAUCCCAUUGCUCCCAGAGACAGGCACGAUUGAAACAGCACCCAAUAUCCCCACCUCACCACGCUCGGCUCAGAAUGUCUUUCCCGAGGUGUGGACACCCCCGCGACCAGUUCAUUUGGACGAUUCAUCCAUGGUUGAAGACGGUCAAACCAUCAAAGAGCAAAGGUAUAAUAUGCUUCCUACACCAGAUGGUGAAGACGACGACGAAGUCGGCUCACUGCCGGAAAUCAUCAUGGGUUCUGAUGAAGAGUAAUAAUGCUCUAGUCUAUACUCGAUACGCAAACAUCUAUUUGAUACGAUUUAUGCUGUUGCGGGACUACAUACAUAAUUCUAUGAAGCUGAGCCU